AUGAAUCAGUAUGUAUUAAGAGUACUAUAUUAUGUGCACAUAAUACUAUUUAAUUUCCCCCUAACUUUUUUAUAUAACACUAAUAUGCAAAAAUGUAUUAAAUUCAUAGGAAUAUAUCAGAUAUUUAUAAUACAAUUUACUAUUUUAAUGGGAGAAGAACAAGAAGGUAUGGCCACAAAAACAGGACAGACCGAAAAGGCAUCUGGAGAAGCUAUAGCUGCUAAAGUAUCUAAUCUUUUGACUAAAGUUAAUGAAAAAUUAUGUCCAUUUUGCGAAUUUAUUUUAAGAAGUUAUAGUAAUUAUUGUAGCACAUAUAAACUAGGAAUUGUAAUUCCACUUAUUAUCCUUAUUGUCCUAAUUUUAUUUUUUCAGUACAUAUGUAUCAAUUUCUGCAGAUCUUCGAAUUCACGUAAAAAAAAAAAAAAAGAAGGUUUACGUAUGAAUUCUUAUGAUCCACGUUAUGAGCGAUCACACGGACAGAUGUACCAAGGACAGGUGUAUGGUCAAUACAUGCAACAACCACAUAUGUUUCCAGGGGAGGGGAUUUGUCCAAAUAAGCAUCGACAACAGUUCUUGUAUGAACAGGUUGAAGGACCCAGAAAAAAAAAACGUAAAAUGAAGCAAUCUAAAGAUAAUGGACCUAACAUGAAAGAAAAUAAUGAUGAAAAUAAAACAAGGUCUAAAAAAAAAAAGAAAAAAAAAAAAAAAAAAACAGAUGGUCAAUCUAAACGUAAAAAUUCAAACCAAAAUGCACAUUAUUUUUAUUUAAUUCAUUUUUUUUGUUUUUCGUGCUUAUUUAAUAAAUUUUUUAUUUAUAAAAAUAGUAAGAACAAUAAAAUAAUUCGAAUUAAUAUUAUUUCUCUUCUUUUUAAUAUUAAUACGCAUCUCCGUUGCAAUAUGAGUUUCAUUAAAUUAAUGCCUUUUUAUAUUAUUAAAUUGAAUAUAUUGUGCUUUAUCUUUUAUAAAAAUUAUUUUAAAAUUAACCUUGCUUUUAUAUUUUCUUAUUGGUGUUUAAAAAAAAUAAAAGAAAACAUACACAUUUUUAUUCAUAAUGUUUAUAAAUAUAGACGCUAUAUAAUUGUUAUAUAUUAA